CGAAAUUUCAGUACGUCGUCGCUGUAAAAUAGCGAACAUUUUUUUUUUUCCGCAGCUGCACUAAGUAUUUCCUAAAACUAAAACCAUGUUCGGGCUUCCCAACUUCUGGGAAAGUUGCUGUGUUCCGGCCCACCCGGAGUCGAUUCGCGGAAUCGCUAUACCAAAGGGCGUAUGACUUGAAAAGAUGUCUGAAUCUGGAAAAGCGCAGCGUUUGUCAUGCAGGUUUUGCAGGCCCCAGAAGGUCUGAAAUGCAGAGUCCAUCAUCCCGGGUUAUGUGAGAGAAUUGCAAUGCUUGCUCAGCAUAUAGAAAUCCUCUCUCAGGGUGGUCAAAAAUGAAAGCUUUUGCUUCUCACACAUGACAGAUUUUUGUAUUACAAAUGAAAAAGGACAUUACAAGUUGCACUCUUCCAGACCCAGACAGAUUUGCGAUGCAUAGGGUGCAUUGGUGAAGCACGCGAUCGGAAUUGUCCGGCACGUGGAAACUAUCAGAAAGGAAAAGUGCAUAAGCUCUUUGCUUGUCUGUACUGCUUCGCGAUCUGCAUCAAAGAAAAGCCGGCAGUUUGUUCUAUCAUGAACCCCGUUCUUGGCAAAGGUUGUGUACUAUCGCAGGGAGGUCUUUUGUGAUGAAGUUGUUCCAAACAGGCAGGUCUUUGAAUACGAUGGAUACGCUUUUGCGCUUUUGCACCUGAUAGUGAUCCAGCUCCAUCAAGACUCUCUGAAAGACCAGUUGCCCCUGCUAGAGGACAUCUCGAACAGCAUUAAAUUCGACCAGGAACAGUCUAUGGGACUCUUCUACCCCCUUCUGCGCCCGGUGCGCACCAACCCGGCGCCCGCGGGAAAGUGUACGUUUGGGGCGUGGGCAGAGGUAUUGUCUUGCUUCUACAAUUUUUCUUAUCGAGCCUUGCUCGUAAAUUUCUCCUGCUUUCUUACACCUUUUCGCCAACAACAACCUCGAAGUUUCUUUCAGAACUAGAAAUAUCAAUUAAGGAUUUUCGGCGGAAAAAAAAACCCAUCAACCCCAGUGGACCCGUCGUGCUCUGCGCGAGCUCGCGAAGAAGGACGCAAAUCGAGGUAAAAUUAUCGAGCAGGCCAUCGUGACUGCGGACCGGUUGCAGUCGGACGCCGCGACGGGGUUCGUAGGGCUCACGGGCGUGGAAGAAUACUUCACCCGGUGGCUCGCUUUCCUGCUCGAGUCGCUUCUGGUGGCGGACCGCUUUUGAUAGUCUUCUGCGGGGAAGUGAAGGCACCAUUAUACUGGUGAACUUAUAAAGAAAAGCAGGCCUUUAUUUUUGUCAAUACCUAGUAUUAGCAGCUGGAAAAAAUAUCCUUUCGUUGAGCUAUCGCUGAACUUGAAAAGCACUCAAUACCUAGUAUUAGCAGCUGGAAAAAAUAUCCUUUCGUUGAACUAUCGCUGAACUUGAGAACAAGCCCCUCGACCUCUCGGGUGAUAUUUGUCUUGCAAAAAGACCUCUACUAGACCAAAAAGUUGCGGAUCGGUAUCUCUGGAAGCGUCGUGGGCUACAAAACCAAGUCGCGCCG